UCGUCGGUGAUACGUUGCCCACCACAGCAUGAAGCAAGUGCAUGUGCUGGGAACCCACGAGCACAAGGCGGUGACGUGGCAGGAUGCCCUCAACGAAAUCUACGACGCCAACCACGAUAGCCACGAUCGCCCGCUCACGUUUCUCCUGGCGACAUACAAGCUCCAAGAGCGCGUGUACGUCCAACGUGAAUUUGAACAGAUCAUGGCGAGCGUCAAGAUGGACCCGAACUUGCUCUUCUUUGAAGAGCCCCACGAGCAGCACUACGUCGCGUUUUUGAACCGGAUCAAUCGCCGACGCGUGCAGCUGUGCUUUUCGGUCGGGGCGGUCGCGUGCUUUUACUAUUUCUACUACGAAGUGCACUUCCUCAACGCGUAUCGACUGGCGGCGCGAGAUGACGACGCCGACAUGGACAAAACGAUUUCAGGCCCGAGCGAAAUUGCACUCUACUGGCUCAGCUUUGGGCUGAUCGUCCCGACGUUUGGGGUCGGCGUCGCUGCAACGUUCGUGCCGUGGGGAAGGCGGCGGCUCGAAAGCAUUGUCACGUUUGUCUACCUUGUCGUGGCCAUCGGGCUCAUUGCCAAAAAGUGCAUCCAGCAAGCCAAGGGCCCGAUCUACGCCCUCGUCAUUCUCGUCAUUCCGCUCUUCAACGUGACCCGCAUGCGGUUUGCGUACUCGGCAGCGGUCGGAUGGGCCAUCGUGAUCAUCUACUUGACUGUCGAAAUGGCCGCGGGCCCGGACACGUCGUCCAAAACUGUGUUCACGUCGCUCAACUAUUCCAUGAGUGUCGUGGCAGGGAUGGUCUCGAGCUACCAAAAGGAGCUGCUCAAACGGCGGAACUUUGUUCUCGGCCUCAACUACUCUGGGAGCCCCGACGACGUAUCGUCUCGGAUUCAUAGCCCGUAUUACGCCAAGGAAGUGCUGUGUCGCCGAUGGACGCAAGCGUUCAAGCAUUCGGAUUUGGAAAGACGCUUCUACCGAUUUUGGUACCUCUUGGACGCCAACGCGUACGAGAGCGUGAAUGCUGGCAUAUUGCACCGCACGGCGUAUGCUUCAUGGAGGUAUCCCCUGACAGGAGUGUGCUUGAACCAAACGGUGUUGGUCCUGCAGGACGUGACCAACUUGUACGGGACGACGACGCAGCUCAUUUCGCUCGCGUUUCGCCUCGGCUGCAUCAUACCAGGCUAUGUCUUUCUCUUUGCAUCGAUGAAAUACUUGAGCCAGCUGUACACAACCAAGUGGGUCGAAUCCGGUCGGAUCCGAGCCAUCCCAUCGCUCAUCAUGAAGUCGGCGCACCAGUCGCGCCACUGGCGCAAACAGCCUCGUCGCGGGUCGUUUCGUUGGCUUCAAGGCACCGUCAAGGCCAUGCGGAAGCGGCUGUCGAAGACAAUCGAGCGCUACCUUCUCAAUAUGCACAGAGGGUACGCUCCGACCGUCCAGUACAUCACGUCCGCAGUCGUCUUGAUGCACAUCUCCCUCCUCGGUACGCAUGCAUUGAUCCAUCCUGGGUGGCGCGCAAACCUGACCAAGGCCGUGGUCUGUCGUGGCCAGGCACACUCGUCGUCUUAAUCGCGAUCCAUUUUGGACGGCGCGACAUUUACUCGGUGUACUUUCAAGGGCUGCUCAACGCGACCAUGUUUUCCCAUCGGUCGACCUUCCGCCUGCGGUGCGUCGCCAUCACGUUGUCGUCGUUGGUCAUCGUCGAGCGGUGUAGGUUUGCGUAUUCGGCGCCAGUGACUAUCGCGACGUGCCUGGCAUUCAUUGCGGCGACUUACUCGGUCCUGCCGCGGCGCGUCCACUUGGAGUACGCGACGUACUUGUGCAUCGUGCAGUUGCUCGGGAUGAUCGUGUCGUACGAGGAAGAGAAUCUCCGACGGUGAGCUGCCCCGACGUAUUCAUGGACAAGUCACCGUGGGGAUGUAUCGCUCGCCCAGGUCUUUCUUCAUCAAAAAGUCAUUGCGGGCCCUCGAAUUUCGAGCGAAUUUUCAAAUCCGCACGAUGGUGUCGCCGUGGAUUCGGGCCAAGAUGGUCCAGCUUGGCCGUCAGGCCAAGGAUGCGGUCCGCGACAGCGCCGACGAGAACCGCAGCGUUGUUCACAACCCGCGGCCGCUCCCCACGACCCCGACGCAGGACUCGUCAAGCAACUUCUUGACUGACAAGAACCUGCGGGACCUCCAGUCGCGCCUGAAUCGAAACCACGUUGUCAUCACCAACAUCCGACCGAGGUUUUCGCAAGCAUCCAAGUACGCAGUCUACACGACGUGCGGAAACCUGUGCGUCGCCCUUGGUCAAGUCGUCUACUUUCUUGUCACGAACAAAUAAGUUGUCGUCGCCGCUUUGUCGUUCGGCCGUCGGUGAUGUUUGCUCGUGUGACCGUUCGUCGUUGGGAUGAAAAGUGCGCUGAAAGAGUGCCAACCGGUCCAGAAUAGAUCAAGGUACAAUGCUCAAAUGCAAUACUGCACGCUCCUGCACGUGCCAAGGCGUUGCGCAGCAUGGAGGAGCUCGUCGGCAGCUUUGCGACGACGCCUUGGCACUGAGAUGGAAAUAUUCUAG